CCGCCAUGGAAAAGAACAAUGUUUCCACGACCAAAAAAACAAAUGUCACACCUUUUGAAACCAGAACCAAAACUGUUUCGUGUGAGGCGGCUACAGUAUUGGGUAUGCGACGAAAUAGGGGCCCCGCUAUUGAUGCGUGUCUGAGACAUUCGCACAUUAUUAGGCUGGGGCCUGCUGAAGGCCCUGGCGUGAAGGCAUCGCGUACCGUGCGAGAAAAGAGUCGAGGAUACAUCGAGGGGGCUGUUUACAAAUCAUCAGCCCGUAUUCUAUUCUUAUAUGACAGCCUUGAAUCUAGAGGAAACCAUGUGGAUCGGAAUGAGAUCCGUGAAUGGGAUCCAACAUAUCCAAGACGGAGCGAGGUGGAACGUGCUCGAGAAAGGGCCGACGAUGCUACGGCUGGGCACGCUCUCCAGAUGCUCAAGGCUCAAGGGACGUGCACAUGUUGGCCCUUGGGUGGUAAUUAA